AGUCGCCGUGCCGACCCUGCGGACUUUCGCUUACCUUUCCGUCUUGGUGAAACUCUGGCACUGAGAUGCGUCCCUGUCUGGCGCUUGCCAGCUCCAGGCAUGGGAUAUUAGAGUCCUGAACGCGGCUCGACCCCUGCAUACUCAUUGCUCGCGCAGGAGGCUGAACACGUAGCUCACGUCUAGGGAAAGGUGAUGGUUCAAGGCCAAGAGAGUGGGCCAUGAACAGAAGAAAUUAGAAAGAGGCAAAGACUGUUGUAAAUGUCACCAUAGAUAAUUCUCCAACUGGAAGCCUACGUUUCUCUCAGAAAUGUGCGGAACUUAAGAAUGCCUUGGAGCGCAUCAGCGUGUGCCACCAAAGACUACGAUGGCUGAAAACAGCUUUAAAAUGCUGAAGAUCCAGCAGUGUGUAGCCAACAAACUACCUAGGAACAGGCCUUAUAUUUGCAAUAUCUGCUUCAAGCACUUUGAAACACCGUCCAAGUUAGCUAGGCAUUAUCUGAUUCAUACUGGUCAAAAGCCAUUCGAAUGUGAUGCAUGUCAUAAAAACUUUAGACAGCUUGUUCAUCUGGAGAGGCACCAGUUAACUCACAAUCUGCCUUUUAGCUGUAAUAUUUGCCAGCGCCACUUUAAAAAUCUGAAGACAUUUGUGAGGCAUCAACAGCUUCACAAUGAGUCCUGUCAUAGUGAUAUCAAAGUCAGAAGACUGCUUGAGACCAAGCAAGAGAAGCCUGUGUAUGGAGCAUAUAGUGCUUUUACUGCAGACGAGAGACGGGCACUACACCCAUGCUCUAAGUCUGAUCCCACGUACAGCACCACGGAGAGAAGAAAGAAUAUUCAUGCAUGUACAAUCUGUGGCAAAAUGUUCCCAUCGCAGUCAAAACUUGAUAGGCAUGCCCUUAUUCAUACUGGGCAGAGGCCUUUUAAAUGUGUCCUGUGCAGUAAAUCUUUCCGACAGUCAACCCACUUAAAAAUCCACCAACUCACACAUUCAGAAGAAAGACCUUUUCAAUGUUGUUUUUGUCAAAAAGGAUUUAAGAUUCAAAGCAAACUUCUGAAGCAUAAACAAAUCCACACUAGGAAUAAGACUUUUCAGAAUCUUCCUUUAAAAGUAAAGAGUCCAGAGUCAUGUCCCCUACCUAAUAAAUUAAAUGCAAAGCAGGACGCUUUUGAAAGUGGUGAUAUGGGUGAAUCUGAGGAGAAGAAUCCUCUUGAUGUCCACUCUAUUUAUAUUGUUCCUUUCCAGUGUUCAGAGUGUGAAGAAUGUUUUGAGUCAGAGCAGAUUCUCAAUGGACACAAGUGUCUUCCUGCCAGAGGUGGCAGAAUUCCAGGCAGACUCAAAAGAAGCUGUAACUAUAAGACCAUUGUUAAAAAGCUCUUGGCUAAACUUAAACGUGCUGGGGGUAAAAAAUCAGAUAACCUCCAAUCAGAGAAAAGAACAUUUAAAAGCAACUGCUUGAAAAAUUGCGAAUGUACUUCUGGUAAGGCGAACAUGGAACAAACUCAGAGAACAUUUGUGGGUUCUCUUAGCAGACAUGGGUCUUACAAGACAGUUAGCAAAAAAAAGAAAACACUGACUUUACCAUUUUCUUGGCAAAAGCAAUUCCAGAGCCAAAAUAUGGGUAAGAGUUUGCAAGGCAUCCUUAAGACGGGAAGCAUAUUAACUAUGGAUGGUUCAGUCAGUAAUAAAGACCUGUCAAUCUAUGGUUCAUCAGGUGAGGAAUACUUUAAUAACUGUGACAUGCUUCAGUGUGGUUUUUCAGAUUCAAGUGAAAAUAUACAUACUGGACAAAAAAUGUGUCCCUGUGAUAAAUGUGACAAAGUGUUUCCUUCUAUUUCUAAGCUACAAAGGCACUAUUUAAUUCAUACUGGACAGAGACCUUUCGGCUGUAAUGUUUGUGGAAAAUCUUUCAGACAGUCAGCUCACUUAAAAAGACAUAAACUAACUCAUAUUGAAAAGAUUCCUUAUAGUUCUUUUUGGCAAGUGGACUUUGGAAAUGUGAACAAACUUUUCAUUCAUCCUAGUGAUGAUGUUAGUUAUAGUGCUUCCCAACAGUGUGAGGGGCUUGGUUCCCAAAGGUAUGAGAGUUCAGAGUCCAAUCAGGUGUCAGAAACUGAAGUCAAGGAAGAAUCGGAGGAGUUUAUUCUUGGUGACCACUGUAGGAACAGGCAGUCUUACCUUGCCAGCACACUUCUGGAAUCAGAGCAGAGCCGUCAUUGCUACACUUACUUAGGCCGUCCUGAAAGAAGUGACGGGCUCCUUUACCAGUGCAGUGUUUGUUGUAAACAUUUCCGAUCUCCAUCCAAACUAGAAAGACACUAUUUAAUUCAUGCGGGGCAGAAGCCAUUUGAGUGCUCAGUCUGUGGCAAAACAUUCAGACAAGCUCCUCACUGGAAGAGACAUCAGCUCACUCACUUUAAGGAGCGACCUCAGGAGAAAGUGGUUCUAGAUUCAACUGUAACAUAAAGCCGCUGAUGUGUUUGUGAUCUCUGCUGAUAGAAUACCCUUUAAGACAUUAUUGCCGAAGGCCUACAUUAGGUGACUUCAUAGGCAGCUGCUUUUCUUGCAUAAAAAGGAGUAAGCUAAAAAAAUUAGAGCAUUUUAGACACAGUUGAAUGACUUGAGGAAUAGCAUGGCUUGUUGCCAUCAAUAGGAAUCUAAGGUGGUCAGCAUAUGACUCUGGUUGUAUUAAAAGUUAGGAAUUCAUCAUGUUCAAUUUGACCUCAUUUAUUGAAUUACUCCUUAAGACAUUGUGUGUCUUUAUAUAUGCAUGCCUCCUAAAAUGAGGCCAGAAUUGCCAUUCAGCUGCAGCAAACCACCCUGUCCUGUUUUCUUCUACAUGAGAACUUAAAUUGCAAAACUUUUUUCUUAUAGGUGAAAAGAUAAAAGAAUAAUAGGUAUGGAAAUGGGUUGGGGAGAUUAUAGCAUUUUACUUUUCCAUGGUAUUUUUUGCCUUUUUUUUUUUUUUUUUUGAGCCUCGUAAUUUUACCUUCUUAGACAAAAGUGCCCCCAACCCCCAUCCCAGUCUAGGUUACUAUUACUUUUUCCUAAGGAAUUUAAAAGGAAGAAGCUGGGUUGUACCCAUGUGUAUUUACCAUCCACUAAUGUUUACAUUUGCAUGGUAUUUUCCAGGUGCCAUGAGUUUUUCUUACAUGUCUGCAGUUGUAUCUUUAGACCGUUAAAUGCAGUGCACCUGUUUGCUCAUUGGUGGUUGACAGAAGACAACAGUGGUCAGGGACAAGACUGCUUUAAUAACUCUUUGGCCCUGUGACUUAAGUAAAUCUAUUCUGCUAAAUUUAGUCAAAUGACAUUAGCUAUGUAGUUUCAGACUUCACAUCUCUGUGAAAGACACUAAUGCUACAGUAUUACUUUGACCUUUGUUGUUACUUCAGUUAGUAAGAAUGUUUCCCCAUAUAGAAAUAAGGUGCUUAUAGAGCUCAAGGCAUCAUUUUUUUCUAAACAGUAUUGUCAUGACUUCAUAAAAAAUAUUUCAUUUAAUCCUAAUCUGAGAAAGAAAGGCUUAGUCACAGAUCGUCCUUCACAUUUGUGGCAGUUUGUAAAAUCUUUAACAUUUUCUAGCAAUAAAAAGGUUAACUAUUUUGUUUAUAAGGUGAAAAGAAACAGGUGGAUAUUUAGCACACUUAUAAAUAAUAGUGAAAAGUCCUCUGUUGGAAGUAUGGGCAAUGGAGUAACUGUAAGUUUUGAUCAUGGUGUAAGAGCUGUACUUUGUGAGGAGAAGGAAAGAGGACAGCUUUCAUCCCAGGUGAGCCUUAAGAAACUUUGGUAUAAUUUACAGAGAAAAUGUGAUGGUAUAAGUAAAAUUUCCAAAUGGUAAACAGAUGUGCCUAUUCUGAAGUAGGCACAAAUGUGCCUGUCUAAAGAGGAGAACCCCGAGCUCCAGGGAGUAACUUCUGUUUCUGUGAGACUUGGGGUGUGUAUUUCCAGCACAAACAACUUGUGGCUCACAAAAUUGGAUUUGCACAGAACUCUUAAAGGAUGUGUCUGUUGGUUAAAAGAAAAGCAUAAAUAGUUCAUGUUUUCUAAAAGUAAGAGUUCAAGAGUUAUUUAAUGUGUGAAAUUGUGGAUUUGGGCAUUUCUCUAAGUGAUUUAUAUAAUUGUAUUUGAAAGGAAAUGUCUGAUGUGUUUCUUUCCCACCUAAACAGGGAAAGUUCUGAAUGUUGUGCUUGUAUGACCAUGAGUCUUUGCCUGAGUGAUAAGAUACUGUUUUGUUUUGGCUCAUGCCUUUUGAAGCUGUUUCAUAUUGAAAGUUGAAAUAUUGUAAAGAUUUUGUCAAGAGAUUUAUUGUAGUGCUAUUUGAAGUACCUGUAACAAAAUACUUAACUUUAUUACCAUUGCAAUCUUCUUAUGGGAAUUGUAGGAGUGAAAAUAAAAUGUAAAUUUCUGUUAAGAUAAACAUGUUAAAUGAUGGUUUGCUGCAUGCUAGAACUGUACUUAUUGGGUCAAUUAUUUGGGGAUUUUUUUUUUUGGAAAAAAAAUAAACUAUAAAUAUCUUUUAAGAGAACUAGAAAUUUUGUUUGGUGAUUCCAGGUUUAAGCAUGAUCAUUUACUGAAAGAGUUUGAUUAGCUGAGUUAGGACAAUUACUGCUCCAUGUUUCAUACAGCAAUAGUGUCUGAUUUCCGUAUAUAUGUUACAUGUUAAUGGAAAGUAGAUGAUGGUUAACGUUCUUGAAAGUCUCAAAUUGCAAAGUAAUUUGAAAAUAAAGUUUAAAGUUACACA